CAUGUGAAUGGCCCAUGCCAGCGGGGCUCUACAAACAAUGUAAAAGCUAGCCCCUGAAUUUAUCAAAGAUAUUUCAUGCCACUGGACUUCAUUUGGGCAGGCAUAAUAUAUGGGAGUUGGGAAUAUAGUCACCACUGUUGUUUCUGGAUCUAGAACACCAUCUUCAAGCACCUGAUAAAUCAUCAUCAAACUAAUUCAGCAAUAGAAGCAAGUACAUGAAGAUGUACCAAUAAAAACAAACAAAUACAUGAAGAAUCAAAUAAAUAAGUUUCCAACACAUAUAAAAUAAAAUAAAAUAAACAAUUUUCAAUUGUUGAUCUUCUUCGGAAUCCUCCCCGCUGAGGAUUUUGGUGAUUGGGCCAAAUUAUCCGAACCGGUCCAAAGAGGAGAAGUGGGUUAAGGGCUGCCGGUUGGAUCCUCAAGCAUGUUUGAGAGAUGAUGAGGAUUGGGCCUCCUAUAUGGGGCCCAAUAAAGGAGAAGUGGGGCAGCUUGAUACCCGAGGAAGAUGAGGCGAAGCGGACAUGCAAGGGCAGCUUGGUGCAUGUGGAGGAUGAGGCGAUUCGGAGAAAUUGGGUUAGCUUGAUAAAUGAGGAGGUUGAUGUGAAUCGGAGAAGCAGGGGGAGCUUAAGACCUGAGGAGGAUGAGGCGAAUUGGACAAGCAGGGGCAGAUUGAUGCAGGUGGAAGGUGAGGCGAAUCGGAGAAGAAAGGGCAGGUUGAUGUCCGAGGAGGAUGAGGUGGAUGACGUGAAUCAGAGAGGCAAGGGUAGUUUGAGCCGAUUAGAAGUUCUCAGUGAAGAAAAUUCCUUUUGGCAGGGAUUUGAAAGUGAAUCGGGGCAAUUGAAAGCUUGGAUGGGUAGAAAAGAGAGGAAACUCAAGAAACAGAAGAAGAAGAGAACGAGGACAUGUUCUUCUGUGUAUAAAAAUUCCAAAAUAGUGGUUCAGCCAAGGAUAGAGGAGAUGCAGAGUAGACCAAUAAAACACCGAGAUCUGGAGGAGAAAAUGCCGUCCACUACUAGAAAAAUGACGUAUACGGACCGAACAUAUACGGACCGAAUAUUGUCGGUCUGAAAAAAUAAAUAUUCGAACCAAUC